AUGGAAAACGAUGUGCUCGAACCAAAAGAGGAAGACAGCGAAACGGACGAAGACCCACGUGAGAGGGCGACUUUGCGUCGAGAAUUGGAGCUGUGUCGUCGCGAAAGGGCGGUAGCCGAACGCGAAUUAGAACUGGUACGUCGAAGGGUGGACGACCUAGGCGAAGGACCGAAUAGAAGAAACGAACAGGCUGCAGAUGGUCGUGAUAAAGUCGCUCUAAGCGAACUGACAGAGCUCAUCGGCGUCUUUGAUGGAAGCGAAGGGGAAUUCGCGAACUGGGAAAAACGAAUACGAUUUGUGAAGAACACUUACAGUUUAACGGAGGAGAAAACGAAAGUGUUAAUGAGUGCCAAAAUGAAAGGGAAAGCCUUGGAAUGGUUCCACUCAAGGCCGGAAAUUUUGGAACUCACAUUAAACGACCUGUUCAACAAAAUGAAAGGUAUGUUCGACCAUAGACCGCGGAAACUGGCGUUGAGAAAGCAAUUCGAAGACCGCAUGUGGAACAGCAGAGAGCCGUUUAGUGACUAUGUGCACGAUAAAGUCAUCAUGGGAAAUCGUGUGCCGGUGGACGACGAAGAGAUGGUGGAUUACGUCAUCGAGGGCAUCCCCGAUAUGAUGUUGAGAAACCAGGGGAAAUUGCAAAACUUCACGUGCAUGGAGGAAGUAAUCCAUGCAUUUGAAAAGGUGUCACUGAGGAGGCCUCGGAGAUUCGCCGAAUCUAACCAUACGAAAGGAGCGGUACCGGAAUCCAAGAACGGGAGAGGAACAGAACGAAACGAUCGAGGGACGAACACCAGAAGCCCUCCGCGCUGUUUUAACUGCCAGGAAACGGGGCAUUUAUCUAAGGAUUGCACGAAGAGCAGGAAGAGCAGAUCGUGUUUCAAAUGCGGAGAGGAGGGGCAUUUUUCGAGAGAUUGUCCGAAGACGAAGAGAGUGCCCGAUGUUCAGGUUACCUGUGUUAGAACGGAACGGUGUGAGGACGAAGACUUUCAGCGGAAAAUCCAGUACGAACUAGGGUAUGACAACGAACAAUUUAGUUUUAGUCUAAAAACGCUGUUCGAUACUGGGAGCCCGAUUAGUUUUAUAAAAGAAAAAUUUAUUUUAAACGAAGCGAUAGAGACAAUCGAGAUAUCAAAUUCGAGAUUUCACGGAAUAAACGAUUCAGAAUUAAAUAUAGUAGGGAAAGUUUGUGUAAAUGUUACCAUAGAUGACGCUAAGAAAGAGAAUUUCCAACUAUACGUAGUAGAUAACAAUACUAUGACAACCGCGGUAGUAUUGGGAAGGGAUGUGUUGAAUGAGUUCGGGUUAACAUUGGCAUGCGAAGCCAAAAAGAACCGGCAUAAUGUAACGCAGGAGAUUCUAAAUAUCAAUGUAAUCUCGGGAAAAACAGAAAUCGUUGAUGAGGAGCAUCAUCCGUUUCAUUUUUCCCCGAGAAGGUUGUCGCAUGUAGAAAAGAUAGAGGUUAGGAAAAAGAUCGAUGAACUGCUCCAAAGGAAAAUCAUACGACCCAGCGAAUCAGAAUACGCAUCUCCGAUUGUACUUACUAAGAAGAAAAACGGUGAGACACGAAUGUGCGUGGACUAUCGUACUUUAAACUCAUCCUUAGCGCGAGACAACCAACCUCUACCGAUUAUUGAGGAUCGGUUAGAUUUGUUGGAAGGAAAAAAAUAUUUUAGUUUACUAGAUUUGAAGGACGGAUUUCAUCAUAUCCGAGUAGCGGAAGAAUCUAUUAAAUAUACCGCAUUUGUGACUCCAUUCGGUCAGUUUGAGAAACCAGCGCCUGCGAGAUUUACGCGAUACGUAAAUAAAGUCUUGGAAAACUUCAUAAGAAGGGGCGAGGUUGUAGCGUACAUGGAUGAUUUUUUAAUUUCGACCGAGACGUUAGAGCAUCCAUCACAUGGAAGUAUUAAAGCAGGUAUUCAGAGUCCUAGUGAAAAAUAA